AUGUGCAACGGCGGCAUCCGGAGCAGCAGAGCUGUGAGUAUUGCUGGUGUCUAUGUAGAAGCUACAAAGGAAAGGUACUCCAUCUACCAAGCUAUGAAAAAAGGCAUGAUCAGGCCAGGCACAGCAUUCGAGUUACUUGAAGCUCAAGCAGCUACAGGUUACGUCAUUGAUCCUAUCAAGUGUCUGAAACUGGCCGUGGAGGAUGCGGUACGAAUGGGCAUUGUGGGCCCAGAGUUCAAGGAUAAGCUGUUAUCAGCAGAGAGAGCGGUGACUGGCUACAAGGAUCCCUACUCAGGAAAGCUGAUCUCUCUUUUCCAAGCCAUGAAAAAAGGAUUGAUUCUAAAAGACCAUGACAUUCGUCUGCUGGAAGCUCAGAUUGCCACUGGUGGUAUUAUUGAUCCAGAAGAAAGCCACCGUCUGCCAGUGGAGACUGCAUACAACAGAGGUCUGUUUGAUGAGGAGAUGAAUGAGAUCCUCUCAGAUCCCAGUGACGAUACUAAAGGAUUCUUUGAUCCCAACACAGAGGAAAAUCGAACUUACCUUCAGUUAAUGGAAAGAUGCAUGAUUGAUCCAGCUACCAAUCUCUGUCUGUUACCCUUGAAAGAGAAGAAGAGGGAAAGAAAAACGUCAUCCAAGUCUUCAGUCCGUAAGAGAAGAGUAGUCAUUGUAGAUCCAGAAACUGGGAAAGAAAUGUCUGUGUAUGAAGCUUAUCGCAAAGGACUUAUUGACCACCAGACCUACAUAGAGCUCUCUGAACAGGAGUGCGAGUGGGAAGAGGUCACCAGCUCCUCGUCUGACGGUGUAGUAAAAUCAAUAAUCACAGACAGACGGUCAGGACGACAGUAUGAUAUUGAUGAUGCCAUUGCCAAAGGUCUCAUUGACCAAUCUUCCCUUGACCAGUAUCGCGCUGGGACUUUAUCCAUUACGGAGUUUGCUGACAUGCUCUCCGGUAACAUGAGUGGAUUCCGUUCAAGAUCGUCCUCUGUGGGCUCUUCCUCCUCCUACACUGCCAGCCCUGCAAAACGGGAUCAACUAUCGCCUUGGAGCGAUCCCUCUGAAGAGACCGGCCCGAUUGCUGGUAUAGUAGAUACAGACACAUUAGAAAAAGUCUCGAUCACUGAAGCCAUGCACCGCAACCUUGUAGACAACAUAACUGGUCAAAGACUACUGGAAGCUCAGGCGUGCACUGGAGGCAUCAUUGACCCCAUUACAGGAGAAAAGUUCUCAGUUGCUGAUGCAGUCAACAAAGGUCUAGUGGACAAAAUCAUGGUAGACAGAAUUAACCUGGCUCAGAAGGCAUUCAAUGGCUUUGAAGACCCAAGAACGAAGACAAAGAUGUCCGCAGCCCAAGCAUUGAAGAAAGGCUGGUUAUAUUAUGAAGCUGGACAGCGUUUCUUAGAAGUGCAAUAUCUCACAGGUGGCCUUAUUGAACCUGAAGUCCCUGGACGCGUCACUCUAGAUGAUACCCUCCGUAAGGGAACCAUUGACUCACGCACAGCUCAAAAACUGCGAGAUGUCAACACUUAUUCCAAAUACCUUACUUGUCCAAAAACCAAGCUGAAGAUUUCCUACAAGGAAGCUAUGGAGAAGAGCAUGGUGGAGGAUGGCACUGGUCUAAGACUUCUUGAAGCUUCUUCGCAAUCAAGCAAAGGUUACUAUAGUCCCUACAAUGCUAGUGGUUCUGGUUCAGCCUCAGGUUCUAGAAGUGGAUCUAGAUCAGGCUCAAGAAGAGGCAGCUUUGACGCCACAGGCAACUCCAGUUUCACAAUGAACUUCUCGUCUUCCUCCUACACCUCAUCCAACUAUGGCCGAAGAUAUGCAAACGUCCCUCAAGAUGCACCUUUUGACGCAGCAGAAUUGGCGAACGCACUGUUAACCCUACGUCUAAGCUGCAGCCAGGAGUCGAGAAGAGGGCUGGACACGCUUGUGGCCCUCGUCCCUGGCCUUGUAUAGAUAAAGCAAUAUGCACCCUAAAUCCAUGGACUUGAAUCCUUGUUCCUGCUCUGCAUGUGGUGAAGCUUUAAUGGACUUUAUUUUAUAAAUAUCUAUAAUUAUAUCUCACUUUAAGCCUCUUUCUAAUCGUACUUCACAGCAGCAGUGCCUGAAAUUUUAACCAAAAGUAGAAAAAUUUAAUGAUUUUAAGCAGCUGAAUGUGGUUCUUAUGAUAUAAUUUGUAUAUUGAGAGAUGACUACGAGAACACUAUUGCCCGAGUCUGAACCCUCGCUCUAACAGAUGCCAAUGCAGAGCAGCAACCACCCACCGCCAGCAAUGAACACUCAUCCCCCACCCCAAGAUUCGGCAUGCGGACUGGCACUACAAUAAUUGAAGCCUCAAUACCCUGAGAACCUCUUGCCUCCAACUGCUGCCUGUUGUCAUCCAUGAUGACCUACCUCCUGCUCCUUCUCUUGUAUGGACAGAAGCUGCAUCCUUCCUGCACUGAACAGUAGCUACGGCCGCACAGAGAUCCCACUCUCCCAGCUCAUCCUCCUCCUCAUCCCUCCUACCGUCUGCCCUUCAUUCUUGUCUUCCAGAGAUGUCCUGAAGCCCCAGCUGGUUUGAGUCCCACCACCACCGAUUUCGUGGAUUACCCCUCCUGUGAUCCUGGGCUCACCAUUUUCUGGACUCCCCAGCCCAAACUGGAGACCUUGACCCCCACAGAACCGCCUGUGCACCCCAGAAUCCAGAGAAUCUGGAUGUACCAUCUGCCCUGGGAUUCCCCCGGAUAGGGGCCUGACCCUCCCACCAUCUGAUGUUUGAACCUUCUAUCCGGUCUCCGUGGGGCUUCCUGCACGUUGUGUCCCCCCCCCCCCCUCAGACUUUCACUACACCCCGUCUUGUGUCCCCCUUUCUUUCUGUGGAGACCAUAGCACCGGCCAUUCUGUCCACUACAAGCCUGUCGACGUCUGUCCAGUCUGUGCACCAUGGGGUCCAGCAAUCAAGUGCAUGUCCUCACCCUGCCGAGCAGCACCGCCGACAUCGCAGCCAUAGCCUCACUGUGUCUCACCCACAUCCCACCCGCGGCGGCCUCCAUACUGCGGGGGUAGAGGCCAGCCUUCAUUCGUGUUCAUUCAGAUAAUCAAGGAUGACUAGCAAUUAGUGUUUCUAAUCAUGUAUAUAACGACCUCAGCGGUGUAACUGACCCUCAGAGGUGACGUCUGCUACCGGGUGUCACCACUGGGGGGUGCUGUACUAACACUAACGACAAACUGUACAUACAAAGAGCUGUUUGUUACCCAAAUCGUUCUGCCUCUCUCAAUGCAAAGAUUCAAGUAAACUGAUAUGAAGUACAAAAAAAAAAAAAAAAAAAAA